AUGAAACAAAAUAAAAAAAAUGUAAUAAUUAGAUCAACAAUGCAUUCUCCAUCAAAUUAUGAUUCUAAGAACUCAACCUAAAUACCAAGAAAUCGGUCUAGUAAUUAAUUUGAAGAAGCCGAUCCUACUUCUUAAGGUAUUGAAUCAGAAUAUAAAGAGAUAGAAAAAUCAUUAGAAUGAGAAAUGUAGUUGAUUUAGGAGAUGGAGGAGAAUCUACCCAUAAACCAUUAUCUUAAAAUCAUAGAAAAUAAAGUCAAGAUGAACAUGAUCAUUUACUUGAAUAAUUGGAUUAAUGGCAUGAAUAGAUCGUUUCAAAAAAAAGAACUUUUGCUUUUGAAUAGAUUAAAUAAAAUGACAAUAAAUUAUUGGAUAAUGAAUUUACAAAUGAUGGAGGACCAUAAUUAAAUUAAGCUAUCUUAAAUUCUAUAAUGAAACCUUACGAAAAGCCAUAAUUAAAAGUUUAAUCAUAAGAUGAAGAAUAGAAUACUUAGGUCCAAGUUAAAUUUUAAAUGUUAAGGCCAAACAGAGAUUCUGGCAAUCCUGUUCUUAAAACUCUUGAUUAAGUGAGGAUUGAAAUGAAUAAAUAAAUCUUAAAUUCGUUAUUAUUGUAAAAAGUUACAAAGAAAUUAGAUGAUCUAUAAAUCAAUAGAAAAUCUAGAUCUAAUUGGAAUUUACAAAAAAUGGAUGAGGAAACAGCUCAAGUAGUUAGAGAGUAAUCAUAAGCUUUAAAAAAUUCAACUCUAAAUAAUUUUAAAGGAUUAACAGAAUAUUUUAGUAAUCCUGCUUAAUACAUUGAUUAUGAAGCAGUUUUAUCUAGAGCUAAAUAUUAUAGUAAUAGACCUGAAAAUUAAUUUCAAGUUGAAUUAAUAUAAUCUGGUUAAUAAACAUCAUCAUCUGCCAAAUAAUUGAUGGAAUCUUUUUAGUAAUUUUAAACUUAAAUUAAUGAGAAUAAAUAAAUACUUUUUUAAAUGAGAUUGGAAAAUAAUCAAUAAGUAUAAUAAGUUAAUAAGAAAGAAGAAGAAAUUAGUGAAAUACGAAGAAAAUAUUAUGUAAAAGAAGAAAAGGCAAGACUUGGAUAUAUUCCUGAUUAAGAGGGUAAAAAGAGGAAUUUAAUGGAUAUUGUUGAAAAGAUUAGAUAAUAAAGAGAUUUAGAAAUUAAAAAUAUUUAAAAAAUUAUUACAUAAAUUAAAGAUGAAAUUCAUAAAAAUAAUGAAAAACAAUAGGUUAUUUAAAAGGAUUUAGAUGAAUAAAGAUAAAAGAAGAGAAGAUGUAAAAUGCUUUUGAAAGAUAUAUUUUUGAAAUAAUUACAAGAAUCAAAUGAAUCUUUAUUUUCUGAAGGUUUGAUUUCUAUAAUUAAAAACAUGAAAAAAAUUAAUGAAAAUGCAAAACUAGAUUAAUUUCCUCGAUAUCUUGAUGAUACUUCUAGAAAUUAUCUUUUAUAAGCUGCUUAACUUGAAAUUGAGAUUGAAGAUACUCGAUAACUUACUUAAAAACUUCUACCUGCAACUUCUAAUCUCAAAAGCAGUUAAUCAUAAUAGAUUUUAUUUUAAUCUCAACCUAUAAGUGUAUCAUAAAUAAAGAACUAAGUAAAAACAAUGCUUAAAAAAAGUAAAGUUUCAAUAAAAAAACCAGUAUUUGUUUAAGGUAUUGAUCCGCUUAAUCCUACAGCAUUUGCACAUAUAAUUAAAUGGGAAAAUUAAGAAUUAGAAUCACUUAAUCCAUAAGAAAAAGAAGAAGCUAAUUUUAAAUUAUAAAAUUUGUCAAAUGAUAUUAAUUUAUUAACAAAAGAUUAUAACUAAAAAUUAGUUCAAUUACAAUAAUAAUUGGAAUUAUUAUAAAAGAAUGAAUAAGAAAGGAUAUUAAGAUUGUAUUAAAAUAAACGACAUUUAUCAGAUGUUUAAGAAUUAAAACUUGUUCUUUAUUCAUUAUUUGGAUAAAUAAUUGGUGAUUAAUUAUGGUAUGGUUUUGUUAUUGAAUGGACUGAUCAAAAAUAAUUAAAUCCAUAAUAGAUCUUAAAAAAAGAGGACGAACAAAAAUAAAAUGAAAAAAGUUAAAAAAAAUAAAUUAAUUAAAAAAUGAAAGAAAGAAUAUCGAGUACAUAUCGUAAAUUACAAUAAAACAAUGAAAUUGAUUAUAAUUUUAAUAUCCUAGAUUGA